AUGGGUUCAGCCCACCCAGACAAUCCCUCCGCUCGACCGAACGAGCACUCUAAUAGAGACAUGGGAGAAGACAAUACGCAUCGGCUUCUCGCCGUCCUCCCACAAAUCCUCAAGUCAAACCCAGACGCGGCCUCCACUCUGAUCCAGUGCGGCAACAAGGCUGUCCACGAUGCCGCCGCGCCGUUCGUCUACCGCGAGCUCGACGUCCACAUCGACUUCCCCGGGACCCUGGGCCUUGGCACAGUCGGCAACCAGAUUCAGGGGACUUCUGAUAAGAAUCGACCCUGCUGCCCAGGAUACAACUCCAAACCCAAGCUUUGGGCUGUCUUCCGGAACCCAAGCUACGCCGAUCACGUGCGAGUCCUGCGCUUCCGGCAGCCAUGUUCGACUCACACACCUGUGGAGAUCGACGAGGGCACGCGCUCACUCGAUCGUACCGAGGCAUGGGAUCUCGCUGCCAGCCUCCUCGCCCACCUUCCUCACAUCGAAGACCUGAUCUGGGAGACGAGCCUCGGUGUGGGAGACAGCCUGUGGAAGGCCAUUUCUUCCCUCCAACACCUCCGGCGACUGAAGAUCAUCGCUCCGCAGCCUCACCCCGCCUGCAUCACUGCCCCACCAGUGUACCCGCGAAUCACUCCAGCACUACAGCAGAGCGCCCCGCCGGGCUUUGAGUCCAUGAGCACCCCGGAGCCAGGGGAUGGGCGAGCCCGUGCCACGGGGAUGAAGGGCAUGGCCCUCGGCGUAGCCUGGGAAGACCUCGAGGAACUUUCCCUCGACAACUUGAGCGCGCAAGGGAUCAUGACUGGCCUCUAUGAGGGAGUCAACCAGCCCCGACUGCACACUCUCUCGCUCUCCACACACUUUGCAGACUUGCGGCUCUGCGAGUCUAUUGCAAUGUUUGGCAGCCUCGGAAGUCUGAAGCAUCUGACUCUCGCCACUUCUGGCACGAAGCUGAACGCUGAAUGUCUCCGAGUUAUUCUCGCAGGGUGCUCUUCUUUGGAGAGCCUGCGUCUGAACGACGUGGAAGGUCGCCUGGACAAAAACACCUGGAACAUGAUCGACUGCUGGCCGCAGACGUUGACGUCGCUAGUCAUUGACAUAUCCGAAUCGGGGCCUCACCACUCUUGGGUCCUCAAGCACCUCGAGUCCAUCGAAGCUAUUCCCGUUAGCCAGCUCAAGCGCUUCCACAUCCGACGAGCGCUACACCCAGUCGCCACCCUGCCGUGGCCUCCUGCAAACGUAGUCCAGCCCGUCCCGCUGCCUACUCAUGCUCUCGGACAGAUCCCAGCCACUUUCCUCAAUCUCAUCACCGAGGAGGGAAGUAUGCUGGAGGACCUGUGCAUCGAUUGGUGGGAGAUGUCCCAGUCUGACCUCGAGGCUAUCCUUACGAAUUGCCCGCGCCUCCGCUGCCUUCAAGUUGCAGCCUCGACUUCUAUCCUGGAGAUCAUCGGUAUGACAACUGCAUUCGGGUCUGUACCCGAUCUGGAGCAGCUGUCCGUCACGACAGACCCGAUCCACGCCAACACCGCGCCGAAGGCGAAGCCUGCCAAGUCCAAGAAGGACGCGGCUGAUCUUCCGCCGUUCCUCGCGAAGAGGAUGGCCGAAACUGACCCGACACUGGUCGAGGUCCGUGAGCUGCGCCGCUUCGCCAGACGGCUGCCAAACUUCCGUAUCCUCCGCUGGAUGGGGAGACAAGGCAAGGGGGAGUGGCGCUUCUCCGCUUCCAAGCGCUCAACUCUGACGCCGAUAGACUUUAUUCACUCGGUGUACCUCACUCUGCAGGUGUGGGAGGACUGCCAGAGAUCUACCAACCCCGUGUACACCUUCGAAGAAGACGAUGAGGCUACUAGCAUCGGCCUCUCCCUCGAGCUUCCUGCGUCACCAGCCCGGUCUGCUUCCGACCUACCGCCACUGUCGCGGACGACAACGGGUAGCAGCUGUUCGAUCUCCUCCUCAGUGACCCCGCCGGCGUCUAUUCGGCGAGGCUCCACGCAGACCGAGUCGGUGAACGGGUCCGUCCUUGGUCUCGAUUGGGAGCCCCUGAACCGCAGCAACAAGCAGGCUCCUAGUCUCGGGUCACCGACCAGCACCACCAACUGGUCCCAGGUUCAGACUCCUCCAAGCCCCAGCAACAAGACGUCGAAGAGUGCCGACUCCAAGCCUCCCUCCAACCGGCGGCGCAGGGAAUCGAGCAGGGCGACUUCCCCGAGCAAGUCGUCGUCCUCCGCGAAGUCGGCCGGGUUCAAGUCGAUCCCCGCCAGCAGGUCAGCGUCCCCCGUCAAACCCUCGCCUCCGGGGCGCGGCCCAACGUGCAGCCUGCCCUCGAAGCCGGUGGCGAUGAGGGAGCCGGUGCAGCGCCACGUCCCUGGUGCGGCGCCUCCGACGAAGAAGCGAUCGCCGGAGAAGAAGGAGAAGAAGGCGGCCACGGCAGCGGCCGCUGCGGCUGCGGUCGCAUCGGCCCUAGCGAUGCCGAAGCGAGAUGUCAGCGACGGCUGGACCAAGGUCGGCGACGGUCGCCGGAAGAAGUGA